AUGCCGAGGUCACAGGUCAAAAGAAGCUCCACUGGACAGCAGAUGUCUUCUGAUCAUUUAGACUGUGAUUCACUUCAUGGGUCGAGUACUUCGCCAAAGCAUCAGGACAUUCACACUGAAAAGAAGUCGCAUCGUUGCUCAGAUUGUGGGAAGAGCUUUACUCAGGCUGGUAAUCUCAGACGACACCAACGCAUUCACACAGGGCAGAAGCCUUAUCAGUGCCAACAGUGUAACAAGAGCUUCAAUCAAGAGGGUCACCUUCAAAGACACCAGCAGGUUCACGAGAAAAAGGAAGCUUUUGUUUGCUCUCAGUGUGGAAAGAGUUGUAAAGACCAGACCAGUCUGCAGCGGCACGUCCUCUAUCACUCAAAAACCCAAAAGUAUCCCUGCACACAGUGUGGAAAGAUGUAUGUUCAUCAGGAGUACCUCGAGGUGCACCAGCGCGUUCAUACCGGAGAGAAGCCGUAUUGCUGCUCACAGUGCGGGAGGAGUUUUAGGUAUCAUACUGCUUUAAAGGUCCACCAGCGCAUUCAUAAAGGAGAGAGACCAUAUGAAUGCUCUCAGUGUGGAAAGAGUUUUAGCCAGUUGAGUCAUUUCCAGCGACACCAGCUGGUUCACACUGGAGAGAAGCCACACUGCUGCUCACAGUGUGGGAAAGGUUUUGCUAACCCGACCGACCUCAAGCGACACCAGCUCAUUCACACGGGAGAGAAGCCGUGUCGGUGCCCACAGUGUGGAGAGAGCUUCAGUCAAAUGGCUCACCUUCGAAGACACCAGAGCAUUCACACAGGACAAAGGCCGCACUUCUGUCUGCAGUGUGGGAAAGGUUUUGUCCAACCGAGCGCUCUACAGAGACACCAGCGCGUUCACACAGGGGAGAAGCCGUACCAGUGCUCGCUGUGUGGGAUGAAGUUUUCUCAGCAGACUACCUACCAACGACACCAGCUCACUCACACCAAACAGACGCCGUAUCAUUGCUCGGAGUGCGGAAAGGGCUUCACUCAGGAGGGAAAUCUCCGAACGCACCAACGUCAUCACACGGGGGAUAAGCCGUAUCAGUGCUCGCAGUGUGGGAAGUCCUUCACCCUACAGUAUACUCUCCGCGUACAUCAGCUCGCUCACAAGAAAGUGCAUCAGUGCUCGGGUUGUGGAAAGAGCUACUCUUAUUCCAGUUCGCUCAAGAAACACAAGUGCAAAGGCAGAACUGUUAAGUUAUGA